AUGAGCCAUGAAACCAAGCCACCCGCCAGGGCGUCAAGCGACCCUUACUUUGACCUGGGAACAUUCGGUCGGAAAGUGAGCACGAACUCAGAGGAAGCGCAGAAGUGGUUUGAUAGAGCACUGGUUUGGACAUACUGCUUUAAUCACGAUGAGGCGAUCGCAUGCUACGAGCAGGCAAUUGCACAUGAUGAUAAUUGCGCGAUGGCCUAUUGGGGCAUAUCUUUCUGCGCCGGGUCCAAUUACAACAAGACAUGGGCUCUAUUUGACGAAAACGAUCGAAUCAAUGCUAUCAAACGGUGCUAUACAUUUUCGCAAGAGGCUUUAAAGCGUGUGCACCAUGCUUCGGAUUGGGAACAGGCGAUUAUUAUUGCGCACAGCAAGCGAUAUCCCAAUGAUGACCCGGAUCGAGAUGUUCUUGCAUGUAGCAAAGCUUGGGCGAAUGCGAUGAGAGAGAUUUAUUUGACUCGACGUGAAGACUUCGACAUUAUUACUCUUUUCGCGGAUGCAUUGAUGAACUGUGCUCCGCGCAAGUUGUAUGAUGCCUCUACUGGAUUGCCGAUUGCGUCUUCGCCUGUAUUCGAGGUAAAAGAGCUUCUCGAGAGCUCUUUGAAAAUGCCUGGUGUCGAAAAGCAUCCCGGUCCCGCGCACAUGUAUAUUCAUCUGAUGGAGAUGUCGUUGACACCUGAAGCUGCAUUGCCUGCAGCAGACAUGAUCCGCGAGAUAUUUCCAGAUACGGGUCACACUUUUCACAUGCCCGCUCAUAUCGAUGUCCUUGUGGGCGACUAUCGACGUGCAGUGGAAUAUAAUUACAAAGCGACUGUCGCAGAUGACAAAUAUUUUCAACAAAAUGGCGGUUUGACAUUCUACAGCUACUAUCGCCUUCACGACUACCAUUCACUUAUCUAUGCUGCCAUGUUGGGUGGGAAAUCAAAGGCUGCAUUAGCUGCUACGGAGCGUAUGGAAGCGACUAUCACGGAAGAGAUUCUUCGUGUAGACACACCUGCUUUAGCAAAUUGGAUGGAGUUCUUCAAGGCUGUUCGGGUUCAUGUACUCAUUCGCUUUGGGAUGUGGGAAGAAAUCAAAAGUCUGGAUCCCCUUGAAGAUAAAGAGCUUUAUUGCGUCACCAAUGUGAUGCGACAUUACGGGAAAGGCAUCGCAUACGCAGCGACAGCCCAGCUGGAAGAAGCCGAUAAAGAGAGAGAGUUGUUUAAGGCUGCUUCCAAGCUUGUGCCUCCUACGAGGCUGGACUUUCCUAACAAGAUCACUGAUAUCCUCAAAGUAGCAUCCGCUAUGCUGGAUGGUGAAAUUGAAUAUAGACGAGCAAACUACGAGACGGCUUUCGACAGAUUACGAGAUGCAAUCAAGUUUGAAGAUGCGCUCCCUUUUGCGGAGCCAUGGGGUUGGAUGCUUCCGGCACGGCAUGCUUAUGCAGCGUUAUCGUUAGAGCAAGGCAAGGUCGAACAGGCUGCGUUAGCAUAUGCUGAAGACCUUGGACUUGUCACGACGCCUAAUCGCUCGCACCAACACCCUAAUAAUGUUUGGGCUCUUCAUGGAUACCAUGAAUGUCUUCGUAUUUUGGGACGAGACGCGGAGGCGGACAUAAUUAAGAAACAACUUUCCCUUGCGCUGGCGGAGGCAGAUGUUGAGAUUACAUCUUCGUGCUUUUGCAGGCUUGGGGACCCAUCCUGUACCCAGGCUCCAAAGGCCAGAGUAAAUGGGCAUAUCAAUGGAGUAUCAAAGUGUUGCAGCUAA